UUUAAUUAAAUGAUGAUAUGUAAAAACUGACCCAGUGCGCUUUCGCUAAGCGGGGAAAACACUAAGCACACUUAAAGCAUGGAGUCAUAUUUACUUUGAGAAAAAUCCCUAACUCUUAAUCUAUUUACUAUUAAACCACGCAAAUAUAAUUCUUGUUGAGAACGAGGACAUUAGGAAUUGGGCUUUUCAAAAAAAAAAAAAAAAAGAACACUAGGAAUUGGAGAAGAAUGGAAAAACAUCAUUGUCAGUGGGACCAUCUGCCAAUUAGACGAGUGGGGACAAGCAAACAUGGACCAGUAAUACUCUGCGCCUUCCUUCACCUUCUUCUCUUUAGUACCCUCCUUUGUUUCUUGUCUUUGCAUUUGCACUGAAUAAUGCCAGCUUUAGACUCUCCAAAGAUCUUGCAUCCCACAUUUCUCCAUUUCACGCAUUGUCUGCUCAACAUUUCACUAUGAAAUUUGGUUCUCAACAAAAUGAUUUGGCCUCCUCCCCUGGGCAAAGUUUAAAUGGAAGUUUCAGAAAGUUUACAUCUGGUUUUCUUCGAAAUGAUUUGGAUUCCCCUCCAGGGCAGAGCUUAGAUGGAAGUUUCAGAAAAUCCAGCUCUGUUAUCUCCAUCCAUAGUGUGUCUGGAAUUUCAUCUUCAAGCAAGUUCUUUCCAACUUCAAGAAGAGUCUACAAGGGACUGAAGGACUUUGGAAGGAAAUUUAUUGACCAGGAGUUAUUUAAACAGAGUCUUGAGGAUUGGGUUUGGGAGAACCCUUGUGUGGAUCAUGUUACAGGGGAGCAGUCUCUUUUUAAGUCCCCGUUUCUGAUUGAUGAAUUACGCAAGCUUGAUCUAGCAUUGGAAGGGGUUUUAUUUCAGCAACUGUGCCGUAUGCCAUGUUCUCAUUAUGCUCCUAAAGGUUUAAGGGAAGAUGAGUAUCUUGCUUUGGAAGACUUUCUUCAUGCUAUUGUAAAUGGCCUAUGGCGUACAUUUUGGCGUAAAAGUGGACCAUUGCCAUUCUUUUUGUCUUGUCUCCGUCAUCCUGGAUCUAAGUUUUAUGCUGUCGAAAAGGCAAUAUCAAGAGGAAGGUUAGAAGAGCUACGUGGUUUAGCUUUAAUAUCUAAAAGUGGGAAUGAUCUAAAAGUUCAUUGGGAUCAAGUAGUGGAGUUUGCCUUAUUUAGAAAAGAAAUACUGUCAGGAAGCGAGUUAAGAUUGUCUGCUAGCACCAUAUGCGAAGCCCUAUUUUAUGGUGUUCAUAUACUUAUUUCUAGGAGUUUGAGCAAGUACAGAACCGUUGGCACUGGUUCUGUUUUUAUUAUGGUUUUUGAUUCUAAAUUUGGUGCUGUGGUAAAACUUGGAGGUGAUCUUAGUAAACUUGAAUUGAAUACAGCUGAUCCAUACCAGUCCGUGGUCCAAUGGAUAAAAUGUCAUGCUGAAGUCCUUGUUUCAUCAGUGGACAGAAUAUGGAAUAAGCUUGGGAAUGCAAAUUGGGGAGACCUGGGGACUCUUCAAGUACUGUUAGCUACUUUCUAUUCCAUUAUCCAGUGGAAUGGACCACCAAGAAAGUCAAUAGCCUCAUUGGCCUCAGAUCAUAGCCUUCGUCUUCAGAAGCGUAGAAUAGAAUGCCGCCUAGCUGAGAAUGAAAAUGCUAUAGUACCUUACCAACUAGCUGGUUAUCAACAUGGAGAGAUUGUUGAACUUGAUCAUAGUGAUAAUCUCCUGGUAAAGAAUGCAUCACGCUUGAAACUUAAGCAGGGAGAGAUAUUGCUAUUGGAGGAUCAACAACAGGGCCAGAAAAGUUUCCAGAUACAAGAGUCCUUCAUAGGAGGCAAUGAUUUUCUCUACAGUGCUAUUUCUCUAGAUUAUCCCAUGCAGUUGUUAACUUUGUAUGUUGGUGCACAUCCAUCCAGACUUGAACCUUCUUGGGAGGAUAUGAGUCUGUGGUAUCAAGUACAAAGGCAAACGAAGGUGCUAAACAUAUUGAUGCAGCAAGGGAUUUCAAGCAAAUAUUUACCUGAAAUGAUUGCCUCUGGGCGAAUUUUGCAUUCUGGUCCUUGCAAAAAGGAGAGUCCAAGCGGACGAUGUGAUCAUCCUUGGUGCGGAACCCCAAUUCUUGUCACAUAUCCGGUUGGGGAACCACUUUCAUAUAUCGUUGCUAGGGAUGGUCCACUUUCCUCCGAUGAUGCAUUACGCUGCUGCCGAGACUGCCUAGCUGCUCUAAGAAGUGCAGCAACAGCCAAUGUCCAGCAUGGUGAUAUUUCCCCUGAAAACAUAAUCCGUGUUUUUGACAUGCAAGGUACAAGAAACAAAGUUUUGUAUAUCCCAAUUUCGUGGGGUCGUGCAGUUUUGGAAGACAGGGAUAGGCCAGCAAUAAAUUUGCAGUUCUCGUCCUCUCAUGCACUCCAGCAUGGGAAACUCUGUCCUGCAUCUGAUGCUGAGAGCCUUGUCUACCUCCUUUUCUUUGUUUGUGGGGGCACAAUGCAGCAACAGGAUUCUAUCGAAUCAGCUUUGCAAUGGAGGGAGAAAAGCUGGGCAACACGAUUAAUUCAGCAGUAUCUAGGUGAAGUUUCACCUUUACUAAAGGCAUUUGGUGAUUAUGUGGAUAACCUUUGUGGAACACCAUACCCAGUUGAUUAUGAUAUUUGGUUGAAAAGGCUUAACAGGGCUGUGGAUGGAUCUGGGUCAGCCGAUAGGGGAAAAAUGAUCGAAGAAGUUACCAUAACGUUGAGAUUGGAAGAUGUGGCUGAGUCUUCGGGGACCUCUGGAGGCGGUACUUAAUUUUCAUGCUGGAGGAUCGAGUUUUGAAGGAACCUUUUUGUUUUUGUAACUAUCGUUUUUCUUUAAGGUAACUAUCCUUGGUUGAGAUUCAAUUGUUUUAUUUUAUUUUUUAAAAAGCCUUAGUUCUCUCCUUUCUGUAUGCUGUGAUUGUUGCAAACGUGCUUGAUAAGGUGGCUCCCAUAUUCAUUAAAAAUGGAUGCCAUGAAAAUGUGGUUUACAUGCCAGUCAAUUUUCAAACAAGCGAUUGCAAUGUAAAAUGUCACUUCGGCAAAAGUUAUGUGCUCAGGAACAUUAAUUUAAACUGCAGAAACUUGAGAGCGAGAUAAAUUCAUUACUCUUAAGGGUGGAAAUGAUAAAUUCAUCACAACGAACUGUAUUUUAAAUAAUC